CGGAUUUUAGUGAGUAGCGAAAUCGAUCAUGAAAAUACUUGUGGUAAUGCUGGUGGUGACUGUAGCUGCGGCGACCGCAGCUUGGACAGACGCGGAUGUCAAGAGGAUUGUGAACAAUGUUCCAGAGCAAGAGAGAGUGACUUUCGUUCGUUAUCACAUCAGGAGAGGCUACGAAUUGACACAUAGAUUCUCGUUUUUUUCGGCUGUUGCUGGAUAUUUGCCCGACAAUUUCUCCGUCGCUCUGUACAAAUAUUCCAGAGCCAAUCACGAAAUUACCGAUCCGGAAGCUCUGAGAAAAUUAAGAUCGAUCAUUUGUUUCGAUGAUGGUGAUUGCGUAAAUAUCAGCGACAUAGGAAUUCAUCCAAUUCUGAACGCAAAUUGAAUCCAAUUAGAUGAGACAAAUAUUUGAGAAAAGCCACGAAUGUAGUAAACCGAUAAUAAAAGCAUAGUGAAAAUUACAUAAAA